GCCGGGAUUUGCAACGCCGAAGCUAAUAACUCAAAGAGGUGCUCCGAACACACUCUAGUAUCAGAACUAUCGUUGCUGUGGGUGGUAGCUGCGCAGGUGGCACAACCUCACACGCAGAGGGCGAAAAGUAAAAAGCGGACAACGAUCACGAGUUCGGCAGGAUGUCAUUUGGUGGUUUUGGUGCGAAGCCGGCAGCCGCGACUUCCGGCUUUGGGAGUACGACCGGCGGCGGCUUUGGGGGUGCGGCACCCGCGGCCGGGAGUACGGGCUUUGGUGCGAAGCCUGCAACCGGCGGUUUCGGUGGCGGCUUCGGCUCCGCUGCCCCGGCACCGAGUGGUGGCUUCGGAGCUGCUGGCGCUGCUACCAGUGGUGGCUUUGGUGUCGGUGCUGCGGGUGGCGGGUUCGGUGCGAAGCCGCUGACCACCACGCCGAGUUUCGGUGCAACGGGCAGUGGCGGCUUUGGCGCACCUGCCGGGGGGUUGACAGGGUUCAACACCUCCACAGGCACCACCGGCUUUGGCGCAGGACGCGGCGGGUUCGGCCUGAGCGGCGGCUUUGGAGGUUUCGGCGGCACGACGACCUCCACCGCCGCCGCCAACGCGGCCCCCACCGCGGCGCAGUACCCCUACCCGGGGAUUAAAGGUCCUGGCAACGCCAUGAGCUGGGCACGCGAGGUGGACUUCUCCCUGGUGACGGAGCAGACCCCGUUUGAGAGUCUUCCCCAGCCGCUGCAGCAGCAUCUGAUGGAGCUACGCAGCUUCAUGCAUGCAGAGCGGGAGGCGACCAAGAAGGUCUAUGAGUAUUUGAACGAAUCAGACAAGACCGCAUCGCCGUCCGUAGGUGCUGCGUCGGCGAAGGGAGAUGCCGGGGAGACAGCUGCGGCGAGCUACCGCAGCCUCCUUGGCAAACUUGCCGCGCUGAAAGGCGGUGGCAAUCGCGCUGUCGAUAUCGUCGCCGUGCACUGCAACCAGCACGAAGGGCAGGCGCGGCGUCAGCUGCAGCGGACGGAGAAGCUGGAGGCCAGCGUGCGGGACUACGAGCGCCACGUGUGGGAGCCUUUGCUCGAUCAAGGUCUGCCGCUGUCCGCCAGCAGCAGCAGCAGCGCGUCGGUCUCACGGGGCGGCGCCUACCGACCUGCGGUGAAUCGCAACGCCGCGUCUCCGUUCGCCUCGCUGGUGGAAGAGCUGAGUCGACGGCUGGACAGCGUCCACGAGGAGCUGGCCGCACUAGAAGCCACCCUCGUCCCCCCCGGGCGCCCGCUGCGAGGGUCUGGCUCGAAUGACCGCCCUGGCCACCGCGGCGGCAGCGCCAUCCCCGGCGACGCCAUCGCGCAAAUCAACGCCUCUCUCUUGUACGAGCUGAACCAGCUGCGGGACUUCUCCUGCGUGGCGGCGCACCUGCACAGCCUCACCGACACCGCCCGCGAGCUCUUCACGCGGCAGUACGGCCAAGCAGAGGCGGACGUGCUGUUCACCGACACCGAGGCGCAGCGCAACAGCAUGGCGCUCUUCCGCCGUGCCACGGCCUCGGCGUACUUCGACAUCCCGCCGUUGCCGCGGCAGCAACCGCCUCCGCCAGGUCCGGCGACGACCACCGCGACCACCACCACCACUGUGGGUGGGUUUGCGGCGAAGCCGGCCACGGCAGCCCCCACGACGACGACGGGGGGCGGCUUCGGCGCCCCGGCGACGGGUGGCUUUGGGGCGGCCUCGCCAACCAAUGCCGCUGCAAUGGGCGGCUUUGGCGCGAAGCCGGCUGCUGCCUCUACCACCACCGCUGCUGGGGCUGGUGGCGGCUCCGGGUUUGGUGCGGCCACCGCGGCGCCGGGUGGGGCGGCAGCCGGCGUCCCCAACACCGCCACCACCACCGCCUCGUCCACUGCGCCGGCCCCAGUUGGGUUUGGCGCCUCCGCCGCCACGGCCGUUGCCACUCCGGCAGCAGCGGCAACGGGUGGCUUCGGCGCGCCUGCUGCGCCGACGAUGGGGCCUGCGUCGCCCGCCGGGGCGCCGACUUCGUUUAGUUUAGGCAGCCCGGCGACGGGUGCUGUGAGCUUCGGCUUCGGUCCUGGCAAGUCCGCGGCUAGCGGCGACGAUCGCCCUGCGCGGCGUGCGCGUUGA